AUGGUUAAUCUUGAUGAUGUUAACGAGACAGCAUAUUACAUUCCUUAUGAAGAGCAAAACGCAGAACCCUCAGAACCCUCACUCCCUCUACGUCUCGCAUUUGACCUUCCGAAUGGCCCUGAACUAAGGUGGAACGCGUAUAAAUCGGCUUGGGACAAGUGUUUAAAUCGGAUACAGACACUUUUCCACGAACUAUACGAACCGGUAGUAGCUGAGGUGGUGGAGAAGAUAGAAUCCGCGUAUAACGACGACAAACAAAGCGACUUUACUUCGCUGGCUCUACCGCACUUUGAAAUACCUACAAUUGCUGUGGCCAACUCGUCUUCAGCAGACCCGUACUUUCUAUCUUCUGUCAUAUCUCAGCUGCGUUCAAUUGCACAUUUAUAUCCCUCCGAUUGCGUAAACUUAACAACUGCGAUGAAAUUCAUCAUUUCGGGAUUCCUCUCUACUUCAGGCUCUGGCUCAUCAUACAAAUCGUCUGCGAAAAUACUCGCUGCGUAUGAUAUCAACGUGCUCGUGGCUUGGUAUUCAGCCCAAAAGGCAGACACAAGACCUCAGAAACUCAUCCUGUUAUUGCAUGACUUUGAGCAGUUCGAUCCUGGUGUCUUACAAGACGUGCUAUAUAUUUGCAGCCAACACGUUCCCUCUCUUCCCCUGGUUGUUCUCAUUUCCCUAUCAUCGCCCCUAUCGCCUCUAUCACCCCAAUCGUACUUGCAUGUUACGUAUCCUCGUUCGACUCUCAAACUCAUGCGCAUCCAAUCGGUCAUCGUUCCUGGUGGACCGAGGGUAUUGGAGGAGGUUAUUAUCAAGACUUUCGUUAACCUUUCCUCUGUCAAUGACGAGUUGGACAUUGUCCCAGGCCCAGCUGUCCUCGAGUUCUUGGUAGAAUAUGCGACCCGAUUUAAUCCUUCCGUGCAUGCGCUAUUGAAUAUACUUCAGCUUGCCCAUCUAAAACAUUUCCUCACCAACCCUCUGACCGCACUCGUCUCUCUUGUACCUCACCUUCCAUCCGGUAUUAAUGCAUUAUCUCUCGAAUCGACCCUUCAAGAACCAGGUUCAACCGAUUUCAAAGAGCUAUUGGUCCAAAGGUUAACAUUCGACCGUGAUGACGCCGAUAACUCUAAUUUGACCUCCUCACUCCCCGCCUUGACCCGCGCGGUCCACAUCGCCUGCUCUCAAUUCCGCACCCGUACUCGUUCCAUCCGGCUCGCUUACCUUCUCUUGCAGGGGCUCCAUGGUUUUCUUUCGGAGAAGGGUUAUAAAGGUCUAGGAAAUCAUUGGGGAUCGACAACCGUUCCUGCAUUCAUGAGUACGGCGGCUCAAACGGCGGCCUCCACGUUGUCUUCUCGAUACCCACAGUACCUCAGCUUGCAGAAUUACAUCAACCUGUUACAAUUGCACGCUCAAACUCACUCAAAGCAAUCAGUGAAAGACAUCACAUACGCUCGAACACUUCUUCGAAAACUCCGACCGGAGGAGCUGAGGGCAUAUUUGAAUACAUUAAUCCCGAAAUUCCAGGAGUUGCAAAAUGACUUGGGUGUCGACAUACCUACGGGCGAUGAUGACGGCGAGGAGAGCUCAAACUUGAAUCUGGCGGAGGUCGUGCGCAUGUUAGAAGAAUGGAGGUCAGAAGCCGAAGAGGUUUAUAGAGCUUACGAGACCGUCGAAACGGGUACCCGGGAGAGAAAUAUGAACGAGGCUGCAGUAGAAAAGUUCAAAUUAUUAAAGGAGAAUCUGGCAGAGUGGAUGUAUGAAUAUCUGGGUGUUCUUACGACUCCGAUUGAAAGUGGUCCCCUGUGGGAUGUCUAUUACACUGGUUCUGCAGUGUUUCCUUCUGAGACUCUCAAUCCCUCGAUCCGCGCAUCCAUCAUAGCUGGUCUCUUGAGACCUAAAGAUUUCGUUGCUGAACCUUCACCUUCUAUAUUUUCGCAUGUUCCUGCAGGGGACGACGGAUGCGAGGUAGCUCAGUCAGAAAGGACUCGUACAGCUCAUGCAGGUCAAAAAGAUACCCCACAAGACAACUUUGUAGAGGACGAGAACGGUGAUGAAAUCACAGACGAUUCAGACCCCCUCCACACCCUCCCCGACACAUCCGUCCUCUUCCACCGAUAUCUCGAGAGCGGGAAGAUGAUCAACGUGUAUGAUUGGUUUGAGUCGUUUCAUACUGUCAUUGGGAUACGGAGACGGGAGACGAACGCGAAAGAGGGGCAAAAGAAGAGGAAAGGGAAAGCGGCAAAUGGAAUUGUUUCCCCCGCAAAGAAAGGCAAGGAGAAGGCCAGAGAUUCAGAUCUAGAUGGUGAUGAGGAAAUGAAGGAUCACGGGGAAGAACCUCCUGACUCCAGCUCAGACUCAGAGGAACGCCAUCAACUUCUUGUCCAGGCCCGCUUCAUUCGAGCCUUGCACGAACUUGAUUUUCUGGGGUUCAUUAAGCAUACGAGGAGGAAGCCAGACCAUGUCUUGAGGACUGUGUUUGAUGUUGGGGAUUAG